ACGCCGAACAUACAUACGUACACUACUCUGUCUCUAUGCGAGAUUUGUUUGUCAACGAAUGAGUCUGAGAUUCAGUAGGGGCCAUUAGCAAACUACAGAAACGUGAGUCCCAUCCAGCCGGACUGAAGCGACUCGGUAACACAAGACUGGACUGAAUUUGACUGUUUUUUGCCACAUAAAAUGAGAAGUAGUGUCCGUGUUUGACGUUAAUCUGGCGUCCAGCCGGCUUCGUUAGCUUAGCAAGCUAACGAGCGAGCGAGCCAACAGCGGCGGUACGUAAACGCAGUAAUGCGGUGGGAGCUCGUGAGGAGGUCUUUCGCUUAUCCGUUUUUAAAACGUAUGUAUUGUGCUACUAACUGAUAUAUGGACCAAAUGAAUUGUUACAGAGCAGUUAUAGCUUCCUGAAACUAAAGUGACAGCAAAAGAGGUAGUUGUGGCGAUGCUGCUGCUGUCAUAAUGACUAAAACAUCCACACCUAUCUUUUUUUACCGAUAGUAAUAGUUUUGGCUCCGCUGGUCCGCGUUGACACACUGGCAACAACAGGAAGUAGGGUGGGCUCUGGCAGGCGAUGUGUAUUUUUGUUAUCACGAGAUGAGUCUCGUGAAUGAAUCGAUGGAGGCAGGGAUGUCCUCCGUCCAGCCGGGACUGGACGGACACCUGCCGCUUUUACACGCCCGACACCACGGCUCACAGGACGGGCUAGUGCUGGACCUGGACUCCCCGGAAGCCUACCUGGACAGCAGCCCACUGGAGUACCGAGACAGUGAUGGGAACAACGCUAGUCCGUUUUACGAAAAGAGAAAGAGGUCUCGGUCCAACAGCUCGAGGCACAGAUUCAACGAGGUUGUCACGGAGCUAGUUCCGGAGGAGGUUCGGUGGUUUUACAAAGAGGACAAGAAAACAUGGAAGCCUUUUCUCGGACACGAUUCGCUCAAAAUUGAGUUGAUGUUUCGGAAAUACUGCGAGCUAAACCCUGGUGCAGUACGCACCCGGGUUAGCUGCGGAGAGGAGGAGAGCCCCGGGCUGAACGGCUCGGUGCCCGGAGACUCUGGGACCGGCGAAGGCCGCGGAUUUAUGGACACGUCCAGCGUGUCCUUUGAUGAGAGGGACUCUGAUGGCAUUGAAAUCAACUUGGAGCCUGUAUGUGUACGAGGAGGACUCUAUGAGGUUGAUUUGAAGGAGAGGAAAUGCUGUCCUGUCUACUGGAAGCAACAAGACCAUAUUCCUGUGAUGAGGGGCCAGUGGUUCAUCGAUGGUACCUGGCUCCCGUUAGAAGAAGAGGAGAGUGACCAAAUAGAGCUGGAGCACUUGAACCAUUUUCGAGGACAACAGAUGCAGGACACCUUCGAGACAGAUUUAGUGGUCAAGACCGUUGACAGCAAAGAUGUUCUCUCCCACCUGCCGCCUUUCUACCUCCCUUUUCUGUUCAAAUGGAGUGGAUAUCAGACGAGCGCUAAAACUACAUGUCACAAGCGCAAACGCUGCCAAGCCAUCCACAGUCACAAGCUGAGUCGAACACAUGUGGAUUGGCACAGUGUGGAGGAGGUCUACCUUUACAGCGAUGCCACCACUUCUAAAAUAGCACGCACUGUUACCCAGAAACUGGGCUUUUCCAAAGCUUCGAGCAGCGGCACGCGGCUCCAUCGGGGGUACGUGGAGGAGGCCUCACCAGAAGACCGACCGCCUCACACGACACAUGUUGUCUUUGUGGUACACGGGAUUGGGCAGAAGAUGGACCAGGGACGCAUCAUUAAAAACACAGCAAUGCUGAGGGAGGGGGUCAGGAAGAUGGAGGAGAGGCACUUUUCAGAGCACAACGAUGAACAUGUGGAAUUCCUACCAGUGGAGUGGCGCUCUAAACUCACAUUGGAUGGAGAUACCGUCGAAACAAUCACGCCAGACAAAGUGAGAGGACUGAGAGACCUUCUCAACAGCAGUGCCAUGGACAUCAUGUACUACAACAGCCCGCUUUAUCGAGAUGAAAUAACCAAGGGCCUUACAGAGGAGCUAAACAGACUCUACUCACUCUUCUGCUCACGGAACCCCGAGUUUGAGGAAAGGGGUGGCGAAGUGUCCAUCGUGUCCCACUCCCUCGGCUGUGUCAUCACCUAUGACAUCAUGACGGGAUGGGAUCCCGUACGCUUCUGUCUGCAGGAGCUUUGCGCGGUGGAGGAGGAGCAGGAUUUACACUGGACGUCUUACGAGGAAAGACAACUUGUAGACCAGCUGAAGCUCACAAGAAACAGGUUACGGGAGCUGGAAAAUCAACUCGUUAAACUGGAAGCCUCUAAGCCCUCAGCACCCCCAGCUCUCAAAUUCAAGGUGGAAAACUUCUUCUGCAUGGGUUCCCCUCUAGCCGUUUUCUUGGCUCUGAGAGGGAUUCGGCCGGGUACCAGCUGCCAUCAGGACCACAUCUUGCCCACUUCCAUCUGCAACCGGCUCUUCAAUGUCUUCCAUCCCACGGACCCUGUGGCUUACAGGCUGGAGCCCCUAAUUCUCAAACAUUAUAGCAACGUUGCACCGGUCCAGAUACACUGGUGCAGUGCCACCAACCCCACACACUAUGAUGAAAUCAGGCCCACAUUCCUCAACCCAGUCAAAGAUCCAGCUUCGGACACUGAGAGCAUCCCCAGUCCCAGUACGUCUCCAGUCCUCCCUCGCAAACACUACGGGGAGUCCAUCACCAGUCUGGGCAAGGCCAGCAUACUUGGAGCAGCGAGUAUAGGAAAGGGGAUUGGAGGCAUCCUCUUUUCACGCUUUUCCCGAUCAAACAGCCAGCCAUCAGUGUCUUUGGGACUUGAGGGAGUGGUGAAUGCUGAGGAAGAGGAGGAAAAGCGCUCAGAAAGCCAAUCAUCCUAUGGCCUCUCCACCAUGACUCGACCCACUUCUCCCACCAUAGAGUCGUUGGAGCUGGAGAGGCGCAUCGACUUUGAGCUCCGGGAAGGUCUGGUGGAGAGCCGCUACUGGUCAGCAGUGACUUCCCACACAAGCUACUGGUGCUCACACGACAUAGCGCUUUUCUUGUUGACCUUUAUUUAUAAGCAGAAGUCGACCCCUUCCGCCCCAGCAGACGACACUCAAGAGCCAGACUGAGGCAGCACACGUGUUACAACACACUCCUGAGAUGUGUCCUGUAGCGCUGGAGGUCUGUUCCGGACAAGACUCAAAGAUAGCUGUGUUUAAAGAACUUCUCAAACACUCCAACAACGACUUCUCUUUUAGUUCUUGAUGAACCAGCUAUUUGAACGUUUUGAGAAUUGUUACUUUAAAAGAAAAAUGUAAACUCCUUUGCAAGUUGUCCUUUUUCGUCUCCUCAUUUGUGCACAUCCAUCCACCCCGAGGGCCAGUAUGACCACGUACUAAGCAUCAACGUGGAAGCAACACCUUCAACCUGUUCAUCAUGUCUGCUGUUAAUCGAGGUUAGCUUAAAUCCAGCUGCUCUCAUGCACGCACGCACGGGGCCCUGAGAAAUGUUUGCCUCAAUCAGCUGUAGAGGUUUCAAGCUCCACCUUUUCUCAUUUAAGUGAAAAACAAAUGCUAGCAUAAAAAUGCAAUGCUGCUUGAAAUCAGCUAAAAUUUGUAACCAAUCAUGUUUUUCUCAAUGUUUUUUCUCUCUCUCUCUCACACACACACACACACGCACACACACACACACACACACACGCACACACAAUCCCCUAAAGGGCAGAAUCCCUUUAAUGAUGGAAUGGCAAUAUGAGAGAAUACUUCAUUUUAGUUUCUCCCUUAGAUUUGUUUCCAGGCGGAUCAAAACCAAAUGGCACCAGAUGUAGGCAUUUCUCAUUCUUUAUCAUCAAAUACUUGGCAUUGGUUUUUUUCUUAAGUUAAGACCAUUUUGGACAAGUGUCAUAUGCCAGUUACAGCGAAGCCCUCGGUCGAAUUCACACCAACGUACGGCAGGAUAAUCCUGCUGUGGAUUACAUAGAAACAAACAGAUCAGUGCACUUAAAUGAGGGCCGGAUUAUUGUUGUUGUUUUGUAUAACUUAUUCAAUCAAGUCAGUCAAAAGGUUUCACUUAAAUCAACCAAUCACUCAUCCAGCUGAAACCAAUGUUUCUUUUUGUUCUUGUACCUUUUUACUGAGGUCUAGAUGAAAAUAAUGCUUCAAUAUGUAUUUUUACUUAAAAAAAUAUUUUCAUAGCAAUUUUCAGACUUGGAUACAAACCCGAGUCUCGUUGUGGGAUUCAAACUUGUGGCCAAAUAAUGUUUAUUUGUCUAGUUUGUGAGGUGCUUUAGUGAUGCUGCUGCUUAUGAAUAGUCCCAGAUAUAUUUAAUUGACUGAUAGUGAUAAAAGUUGAUAUCUUAUUUUUAUGGGUUGGUAAAGCAUUGCACACCAUAAUUAACUGUAUAUUCUUUACCUUUUAUUGUGACAGCUUUGCACUUUCCCCCCUUUGAUGGAAUCGUUUUCCGAGUGUGAAAGAUGGGUUUUCCAUCCUGCUGUCAUCUAGAUCAUCAGAGUAACACGAUCGCUCAAGAGAUACGACUCAUUCGUUCCAAAAAAGAUAGAAAUAAGACAAUGUGGAGAUUAUUUUCUUUAAAAUUUCUCCAGCGUCUCAGAGCAAAUUAAUAUAUAUAUUAAUGUAUAAAGAACAAAAAUAGCAGCUUUUAUUAGUCCCAGUAAAGAUUUAGCUGAAAAUAGGAUUGUUACACACUUUGCAUGGGUUAAUGUUGGAACAGUAAAGGUAGUGCAAUGUGCCAACACCUCUAGACAUCAUUACUACAAACCACUCUUUAAAAAAAACUUUGCAAAGAAUGAAAACAUGAAUAUGGGUGUCCUCAUUAUGAGUUACAUGCAGCAGAUCUGAUUAAAACCAGUGUCAAAUUAAAUUUAUCCAGUUAAUGAUGGGUUAGCUACUGAAGAGCUUAAUGCAGUCUGUUGCGGUGUGUGCUGCAGCUCGUGUUUUUCCACCAUCAGGUCCACCAGACUGGAAUCUGUAGAUGUUUACUGUCUAUUGUUUGCAAAGGACAAUUUACAGAAACCAGGCUGCCUUCAGUUCUGUAACCAGGAGGUGGAACCGAAGCUGGGACAAGCAAGGCUAAGAAUUGCACAGAAACUAUUUUGGGAAAUUGGUUUAUAUGCAUUAUUUUGCUGCGCAUGCGUUUACAUUUGCAGCAACAAGAGGCAGAAAGUCAUUUUAUUUAAAAAAAAAGUAACAACCCACAGUUGCCUCUUCAUCACGCAGUUUGGGAAGAGGUGCAGCACUAGGACGAAGCAUUGUUCCCAUCAUCGUGGUCUGCUCAUGUUUCAUAAACGUCUGUUAACGUUAGCACAUUUUUCAUCCUGGCAGUUUUUGGAUUCAAGCACAGAUUUCUGAAUGUUUGCUCUGCUUGCUUAGGCAACUGGAAAGCAUUCUCGAGAGUUUUGUGGAGCUGUUGUAACUUUGACUAAAUGAUCGUUUAAUGUACAGCUUUUUUUGGACCAGUGACGGUAUAUUUUUCUUAUUAAAGGCGCCAUAAACAUCAGGGAAUCGUCUUCUGUUACGUGUUUGUAGAUUUGAAGCUCUUUGUUUUACACCAGAUUUAAGCCAUUGUUGACUACAGCUGAGCUCGGAUGUUUUGUCACUUUGUAAAAUAUUCACAAAGUAAUAAGGUUACAUUUGGUCUGAAUCCAUCUGUAGCCAGACAAGUGGUUUAUUUAAAAAAAAAAGAUGUGCAUUAAAUGAAACGUCUAAAAUGAAAUGAUGUUUGUUAGUCCUUAGAGCUGUGCAAUAACCCAUGCCUGUAAUGGCUUCUAACUGCCAUCCAGAGCACUGUAUUUAUUUCCUUUUAUUAAAGCAUUUUCUUUUGGAAUACACCA